CUUUUUCUUUCUCCAGAAUGUCACUGAGUCACAUUUCCAGCACCACAACAUGCUGUUGAAACUUCCGAUCCCUUUGCACCCGAGCCUCUAAUUGCAGCUCCUCCCUUAUCAUUCAAAGGGUGCUCUUCCCCAGCCCUAUACGCGCUUGCCAAUUAUUUAAAAGAUAUGGGCUGAAAAUAAAACAGCCUUUGAAUCAUGUAUACAACAUUCACUAGGAAAUCACAUUCUAGUUCCUCACAACCCGGACACAUUUGUGACCUUUUCUGAAGUCAUACAGUGAGUGUCUCCUACCACGAUCAGCCGAGUUCAGGGAAACAACUCGCACUUGAAUGCUGUUCCUUCCAUAUGGCUGACCGACAGAAAAAAAUAUCUUAACUUUUUGGUAAACUUGUACCUCACUUUGGCCUAAAGCAAGGAUGAGCGACUGCAAAUAGAUGAAUGAUGAAAAUAUCAGCCCUCGCACAUUCUACUAAGUUUUGAUAUAAUUUAAUAAUAAUAACGUCAACACAACUGGUGUUAAUUAUGUUGAGUAGAGGUAGCUGUGCAAAUUAUUGACCCAGAUCUGAAAUAUAAAUCUGUAAAACUUAAUUAAUUAAUUUAAUGUCAGCAAAUCCUUGUAAGUCCUUUCAUUGAACAAAAAUAGAGACAUUGCUAAGUUUUGAGGCUUGUCGUACAAGAACUGUUGCUGUCAUGCUGCACUCUCUCGACACAUUCCUCCCCUGGCUGCGUUGCUCACUUCUCUGCUGCUCUUCACAUAAAUAGGCACAGCAUGCUGGUGCAAGAUGUCCUCUAAAUUGGAAACAAGCACAACAAAAAUCUAUGAACUUUGUAUUUGACUUGUUGUAAAAACGAUAUAUAUAUUAUGGCUGUCCAGGAAUUAAAUUUUUUAAACAUGAAUAAUGGCGUGGGCUUUCUCUAAGCUAAGGCGUUCUUUUUUUUAAGGGGGUGGCGGGGUACAAUUUGUAAACAUUUAUAUUUUAAUUCGACAUAUCUUUGUUUUAUAUAUGUUUAUUUAUCUAUGGCAUAUAGAUAUAUUUUAAUAAAAUCUAUAAUUUGUUAUCAUUGAUUUGAUAUUUUAAUAUACCAAAUAAAAUAAACAAAACAUUAAUAUGAAAAGUUAGGAAAAAAAUAACAACUCACCAAAAGGCCUGUGCCCCAAAGCACUUAUUUCAACAUCAAUUCCAUUCUUGUUCUAUUCCACAGGAAGACUUCAAUGAUUGAUUGUACAGUUUAUCUGCGCACAUUUUCAGGUCAUAAAUGACAAUAAAUGCCAUAAUUGGGCUGUGUCAAACACCCCACUGCGUCUGUGACAGUCAAUCCGCCUCAAAGUGCCACAUUUUGGGCUAAGAAGACAAAAUUGCGCCUAGCCGGACAACAGGGAUUUCACACACAUCUUCUCUGCCGUUGUGGCCAAAAAUAGUUUGUCUCGGGCAGCCACGACAGCAGCGCGAAGUGCCUGGUGGUUGGGAGAGUUUCAUCCAAACAUACUCGAAAACAACUAUAAUGUGUCAUGCCGGUCUGCCAGGCGGGUUCGCUCUAGCCUCAGCUUAUUUUGACCAUAAACACGUUCAGGAACAGUUGUCCCAAUCGUAGUUAUUCAAUAGAAAAUUAAAAAAGGGAAAAUAGUCCCUGAACGCAGAGUAAAUGUGAGGGUUAAUGUGCCACAAAGAUAAACAGGCCAUGUGGAAAAUUACAAUGAUGACACUCAAAUUUGGCAUGGUAUGGCAUCUAGCCUUCAAAUAACAAACAAAUGCCCUAUGUACCAAUCGCUAUAAAACAAACAGUAGUAAGACAUACAGUAUGGGAAAUGAUAAAACAACUGAAAAACAAAUUCAAAUCUUAGUUGUUAUCUAAAACUAUUCCACUGGUGACAUGACUUCACAAAUGCUUUAAUCUUUCAGGUUUCUUUUCUACUAGUUUCCUCAAUUGUCCAGGGCAAACUGUUCAUCUGAUUAACUUCCUUGUCGCUUCAGUGGUUAACAUGAUUUGUUUUUCUGCUUUUGAUACCACUUUCUGUUCCUAACGGUCCCUCCGAGUGUCUAUGCAGCUUUGCGCCACAGACAUCUUUCACUUCUUAUUUGAGUUUCCUGCUCUGCUGCUCGUGUUGAGAUCAAAUGUGACCAUGUUCCCAACCCACUGUGUCAGCAUUCUGUCAUUACUGUACAUGUUUCAAGCUAUUUUUAUCCAUCCCCAUGACUAUGUCCAUGCUGACAGUAAAUGUUUGGAAAGCUUACAUAUGACAUGUUUACCAAACUCAACCUUAUGUAAAUGUAUUUUGAUUUAUUAUAGUUUUAGUUAUUGGAUAUUUGAUUAAAGUGGAACCUUGAAAGUCAAACAAAUCUGAGUUUGUUUAAAAACCAAAAAUCCCUAAAAUCGCUCAAAACUUGAAUGUUUGAACCACUGUCUUUGAUGAAGAUACUUCAGGGAGAACAUCAAAGGAGUACCUCAGCUUUGGGAUUUUGAUAUUCAACAGUGGAAACUUCAAACAAUUGCACCAACACAUUUUUUCAGUGUUUGAAUCUUAGAGGUUCCACUGUAACUUUUUCAUUUGAAAAUGACAGUACUGCUCAUUUGCGACACGUUCCAGCAAGGUUAUCUGAUAUAAAGUACAGAAUAAACACAGCUUUCUUUCCUCUGUUUUUUAGCGUGUAUUGUGGAAAAAUGUUUCAUCCAGCAUGUCACAGAUCUGCCGCCAAAGUGCCAGUGAAUGAAAAAAAGGAACAGGUAAGAAGCACCAUGAGCGAGGCCUCCAACAACAUGGAUGGAUCUGACUGUGCUGCAAACCAAUCCAGUGCAGCAGCAAGAGCACCGAGACCCCCUAAAAAACUCCACAAUUUUGGGAAGAGAUCCAAUUCUAUUAGGAGAAAUCCCAGUGCUCCAGUUAUCAAGAGGAACUGGCUUUAUAAACAAGACAGUACAGGGAUGAAGCUGUGGAAAAAGAGGUGGUUUGUGCUGUCAGACUUGUGUCUCUUCUAUUACAGAGAUGAGAAAGAGGAAGGCAUACUUGGCAGCAUCCUUCUACCAAGUUUCCAUGUAUCUAUGUUGUCUGUUGAUGAUCACAUCACCAGAAAGUACACUUUCAAGGCAACACACCCCAACAUGCGGACAUACUACUUUUGCACUGACACAGCCAAAGAGAUGGAUUCCUGGAUGAAAGUGAUGACAGAUGCUGCUCUUGUGCAUUCCGAGCCUGUCAAAAGGAUGGACAAGCUAAAAGUGGAACAGUGUGGACCUGAGGGGGUUAAUCACAUAGCCAAUCACAGGCCACCGUUGACACAGCCUGAAAUUGAGAACAACGAGCGCAACCUUGAAGCUGACCGCCAGCAUUCGUCAGAAGAGGACAGGAAGCAGCGAGAUGCCGAGCGCUACGGCUUCCAUAGUGAAGGUGGAGACCACGAUCGCCCUCUCACCAAGAUCAACAGUAUUAAAAUGCAGCCAGCCCAAACGGCAGCUGUCACGGUCAAACAUCCAAUGCCACGGAGCCCAACAGAGAUUGAUGGCGCACAGCAGAGUCCCCAAGUCAAUGGAUCUGGGGAACCCAAUCCAACUGAUAACAAUGGCGUUCCCCCUCAGCUAAAUUCAAACUAUGAGCCGGAAAAGACUUUGAGUAGAACGAGCUCAAUGCAACAACUGGAGCAGUGGGUUCGCACUCAAAGAGGACGAGCACUGGAUGAUGACACAAGAAGCAUCACAUCAUACCAGACACUCCCUAGAAACAUGCCAAACCAUCGGAUGCUCCAUAUGCCUCAUUAUGGCGACAGUUACCGCAGUAUGCCCAGAAACAGUAUGGCACAGAGGGACAGCAUCUGUAGUAUGUCACCAUCAUUGUACGACCAAGCCCUGGGUCCUUCACCGGCUGACAAGCGCCGCUCCGUACGCUCUGACACAAUGUGGCAGCUAUACGAGUGGCAGCAGCGACAAUCCUACAGCAGACCGCCAGGGAUCUAUGGCCACAUGGCCAGCCCUAAAACAAUGAUCAACCUUUCAGAACAUGCUGCACCAACCUACUCUAUCCCACCCUCACCCUCCCAUGGUUCCCUCUCAAUGUACGGGGGCUACCCUCGGCCACGAUCGUGCAACAUGAGCAGUGCCCGCUCUGAGAUCGCUUCUCCCAUUUACCAAAGAGACAUGAGCAUCGACAGGCGACAAAGGCAACAAAUCCCCAAGUAUGGCUACCCACCUGAUAGGAGGUCAAUGCCCGCAGGAAUUCCGGUCCAGUCUGUCACUGCCCUCUCUCUCCAAGGCAAAAGUCCCGAGGAACUGACUUUGCUUCUGAUAAAGCUGCGUCGGCAGCAGGCAGAGCUAAACAGUAUACGGGAGCACACUCUAUCACAGCUUACGCAACUUAACAUGGAUGGCGACAACCAAAAGAACGAUGCUCUGUCACAUCAUCUCCAAAGGACUCUAAUGUAUUUGGACAAUCAGCUGAAGGAAAAUGAUCCUUUAAUCAUCAUGACUCACACUUUGAUUGAGAACUCGGCCCCAAGGCCUCAACUUUACAAGCAACUAAACCCAGCAGACUCCAGAGAACACACCUACAUGCCCGAAGAGGGGGACAUUGACAACAAGCUUAGCCGAUUGUGUGAGCAGGAUAAAGUGGUGAGGACACAUGAGGACAAACUUCAGCAGCUUUACAGAGAGAAGCACACUCUGGAGACAGCGCUGCUGUCUGCGAGCCAGGAGAUCGAAUUGGGCUCAGACAACCCAGCUGCCAUGCAGAGUGUCAUCCAGCAGAGAGACUUACUGCAGAGCGGCUUGCUCAGCACCUGCAGAGAGAUCACCCGGGUCACAUCUGAGUUAGAGCGCUCAUGGCACGAGUAUGACCAGCUAGAAGAAGCUGUGAUCCAGGCUAAAUGCAACCUGCUGGAGCAGCUCAAUGCACUGGGAAGUCCACAGACUGAGCCGCCCAGCCAGCAACAUGUACACAUUCAGAAAGAGCUGUGGCAGAUCCAAGAUGUGAUGGAAGUCCUCAAUAAGCAUAAAGACCAGAGAAAUGCUGAUUGCUCAAUGGGCUUGUAUGGACCCAACUUCAGCAUGAAAACAGAGGAAGAGGACUCUGUACCCCCAAGACCGCCUUUACCCCAGUCAUAUGAGCCCAACCCCCUCACCAUGUCAUCCCAUGCUGGAGUUCGCUCCGCAUCCCUCCACAGAACGGAGGACAGGAAGACCAAUCAGAAGAAUGGCACACAUGGCCAGGGGCCAGACUACCGACUGUACAAGAGUGAGCCAGAGCUGACGACGGUAGCUGAAGUGGACGAGAGCAACGGCGAGGACAGGACAGAACACACAGCUGACCAUCCUGUAAACAAAGGGAUGUCCUACCCAGUUGGCAUUGUUCCACCUAGAACCAAAUCCCCAGUGCCUGAAUCAUCCUCAAUUGCCUCAUAUGUUACCCUUAGGAAGAGUAAGAAGCCUGACUCCAGAAUGGAGCGUCCCCACAGUGCCAUGGAGCAACAGCUGUGCGUGCUGGAGAGCGGACGGCCCCGGAUGAGCGUUGAGGAGCAGUUGGAGAGAAUUCGCCGCCACCAGCAGGGUGCCCUGAAGGAGAAGAAAAAGGGCAUCCGCAUUAGGGGAAGCAGUGAAGAGAACGCGCUUUCCCGUAACAACUCAUUUACAAAAGAUAACCAUUCACGCACUGUGCAGCCUCAAAUUAGACGGAGGGAAGAGGUGAUGAGCACAGACAUUCUGGAGCUUGAAGCCUCACUCAGACAGCAGGAGGUGGUGGGGGAGCAUGAGACGCCGGCCGAAGAAAUCGCACGUCUCAAAGAAGCCUCAAAUUCCGACCGCUUUAACGUGUUUCGAGAACUGUCUGUGCCUGACAAAGUGCUGAUACCUGAACGCUACGUGGAGUCUGACCCGGAGGAGACACUGAGCCCGGAACAGGAAGCCGACAAGCAGAAGAAAGUGGACCGCAUCAAAGCUCUCAUAGCCAAAAACAGCAUGCAGAAUGCAAUACCUACUGUAGCAUUGAGUCCUGUGGAGACUGAGGAGGAGAUUACCAUUCAAGAGAAAGAGAAGAUGAUUAAUAUCUCCUAUGAGCUGGCAGCAGAAGCAUCCAAACGGAGUAAAAUUGUUGCAGUGAAAAGCCCGUUGCCGUCUUCCUCACCCCUCCCACCAUCUCCUAAUACCCCGCCUCAGCUCACUGACGGCUCUCACUUCAUCACAAGCUCUCGCAUCAGUCAAAACGUACACAUGAAGGAAAUAAUAGUGGUGUCAUACCCGCAGACGUGAGAAAUCUCCAAGAUCUCAACCUGACUUGUUUGUUAUCACUGUGACAUCUGAACCCCAACCCCCCACCCGCCCCAUGUCCCCAUCACCAAUAACAUUUCAUAUCCUUGGGACUCCUACACUGCUUUGUUUUGUUCUUAACCUUGGAAAGUUACGAGUUAUCUUUCUAAUUAUUUAUAGACUUUAACAGUUUUUUUCCCCCCAAGCUUUUGGUUGAACAGUUGUUAUUUAAGCAUAUAUUUUUUAACAUGGAAACAUUUGUUGCCUGGAAUUUUGAGUGUAUCAAACAUAAUUAAAGUGAGGCCCCACUUUAGUACUGAUGACUAAUUUGGUUUCUGUUUCUGAAUGUAAAUAUUUAAUUUAACACGUAGCAGUCUGUCUAAAAAUACUGACAAAUGUUGUAUGGAUGUUCUGUUUCUCAAAUUUUGUUUGUCUUUUGUUUCUUUGUAAUUGAGCUUUAUAUUUAAAGAAAGAGAGAGAUGGGGAAAUAUCUCCGUUUGGUACUAUUAUAUGAAAUGUAAUUUUUGUAGGCCUAGAACUAAAAAAAAAAGCAAUAAUUAACCCAAAAGUGUGGAUGCGGGUUGCAUAUUUCUCAGCUGUACAAAGUGUAAUUAAGAUGCUUACUAAUGUAUUUAAAGUCCUUACUACAGAUGUCGGGAGCAUGUAUCGAACAUGUGGUCACAGACUAGAUUUAAUUUACAAAUGUUCAUAUCUCAUGUUUUAUAUAAUAUAAAAUAAAUGUUCCUGUUCUUAAAAAAA